CGAGCUGCCAUUUCGUUCCUGAUCCGGCUGCCUUUCGCACACACUCCAGAAUGCUCUGCUGCCAAAGGAUAGUUGUCCUGGCCUCGCACAACCACCUCUGAGUGACUUGCGACAGUCAUCCAUCUCAAGAAGCACAUCCCCAAGUUCUUGUUCCUCACCUUCUCCGGUUCUUUAUUGUUUCCGAUCCCUCUUUCCUCACCUGCCAGCAAGAUACGAAUUUUACUUGGAUAUAUUAAAGAAAUUGUUGACUCGCCACACAAAAAUUUCUUACAUGGCUGAAUCCUGACAAUAUGGCUGACUGCGCGGUAUGGGAUCUUUUGGAGGUUCAGCAAUAUAUAUCUUCAUAUGCAAUUCUUAAGAAGUGUUCACACCAGGCCAACUACUACGAGCAAUGAAAGCAGGAAUAUCAGGAGACCCCAAUGGGACUAUGCUCUGUGUUUGGAGGCAGCACUCUCCUCCUCUUCCUCAUUUGUUUUUGUUGCCAGAGGAAGCUACAGGCGCGGACACUGGCCAUGGCAGACCUGACCAACGUCGAGAGCCAACAGAGACAAAGAGCGAUUCGAAAUCAGCGACGUAGCGAUACUCAUCAGUUGAUAGCAGCCAUCAUCACCCCUCCCCCGGAUUACAACACGGUCAUCAAGAAAGAUUCGAUCUGCGAACCCGCACCCCCCACUUACGAGGUGGCUAUGUCGGGACUCCGAUCGGAUGGACAUAUGUGAAACGGCUCUUCAGAGACCGCCCUGGAUCUAACAACAAGCAAACGCAUGGAAAAUUCUUCCAUACAUAGAGACAUUGCAGUCAUGCCUCUCUUACAGAUGAACAAAGAACAUUCGUUUUAUUUUAAGAAAGGGAGGGUAAAAGGGAACAAGGAAUAUUGUGGCAACUGCAUCUGUAAUCAAUCAUGGGCACUAUAAAUGGAAUAUCAAUCUGAAAGAAAAUUUUCUGUUUUAACCCACUUAAUUGAUAGGUAAUUGUAACGAAAAGUCUUGUGUUACAUCAAAACGUUCUCUUAUCAACGAGUAAUUUCGCCAUUGCAACAAUGAAAUCGAUUUUCAUUAGAUAAGAUUAUUUUUACUUAGAUAAGUUCAUUCUACCUAUACAUAAGUAUCAUCUUGUAUCAGCAUCGUUUCUGUCCAAAACAAUAGCAUAAAUGUCUUUUGUGGAUUUUUACGUAACUAAUUUGAUAAAUGGUGUGAAGACUGACUUUUAUAAUAUGAGUAAAGUAGAACAGGAAUUUAUCAUAAAGUUUUUAAGCAACUAUUGAAACUAAAAAAUAUCUGCAAUCUCAGAAAAUGUGUACAAGUGAGACAAGAAAGCAAACGAGAGUAUUCUUGAAGUACAUUGUGUGUUAAAGCAAGCAUUUUGUAUUUCAAAAUAAAUGAAUUUAAUUUAUAA